AUGAUGGAGACUAGUCAGCUGACCUUCAACCCCACGUUCUUUCGAGAAAAUUCUAGUUCCAUAGAGUCCGAAGACAGCUCCUUGAACCCACCAAUAAGUUCAACCUUAGACUGCCCAACUUGCCGGUUGAACCAACCCGAUUCUUCCUUCAUUUGCCUGCAUAUCAAUUCACGUUCGAGUACUGCUAAAACGUGUGAAGAAUUGUUGAAGCAAUUACACACAUCGUUUCAUCUCGUGUCCAUGGAAAAUGUUGUCUUGAGAUCUGAAAAUGAAGCAUUGCGCAGGGCAUUCAAAUCCAAAUGUGAAGCUGUUGAUAUCUUGAAGUCCUCGACAUCAAAACCAUUUGACAUUGAUCAAACCUGUUGGAAUGCUUUUCACGAAAAUUUAGCUCUAACAUCGGAAGUCGCCCAGGUAAAAGCCAAUCUGGCCAUUGUGCAGGGCGCGUUGACGGCGAAUCAGAAUGCUUACGAAGCCAGAGUGAAAGGUUUAUUUGAAACUAUCACCCAUUUGAAAGAGCGACUAAAGAAGUUUCAUGUCCGCCCUGAUUUGUCCCUCGAGGAAAACGCAUACUUGACUGGUACAUGUCAAAAUCUGACCGGUGACUGCAAACAGCUUGGGAUCAGUAAAAGCCCACCAGUUAAUGUGAUAACCACUUUGUCAUCCAAGAUGUCAAGUCUGUCCGGUUGCUUGGAUUUCCCAUCGCCCUCGGCACUCGGAUCAACUGUAAGGCGUGGCCGUCCGACUACUAACGCCACUGACGUGACUGUCGCCUGCCACAAGCAUGAAGGUGAAACCGUCGCUACCCAAUUCACUUCCUCGGCGUCAGUCCCCAAUUCUCUGUCUUCCUGUGUCGUUGCUCAAGCGGAUUCACAUUGCUCACCGCAAAUUGUGGGUUCUAACACAUUACUGAGUCGAAUAGAUGCCAAAUAUACCCAUUGCUCCUGUUUCCCAGCCGAACAGUCAUUGUGCGACUGUGCGCUGGCAAGUAUUAUCGUGCAAAGGAAUUUGCUCAAAUGUUCUCAUCAGCUUUCGACGAAAAAGCGACGGGUUCGGGAUUUGAAAAUCACCAUUAAUGCCUACAAAAUCGCUUUGGAGAGUGAAUUCGGACGAAACCAGGCCAUGGUUGAGGCGUUCUCCUCUGUGCUCUCUAGCGUUCGGGCCGAUAUAUCCUCCGUCAUACCUUCGACUGCGUCAGAAACCGUUAGGAAAACCUUGAAGUGUGCAGAUUCGACUUUGUUUCCGGAAAAACAAUCGUCUGAUCCCUCUGUAGCGUUGAACCGACUCCUUCUCUGGUUUCAUAAGACCAUGAGGCAACUUGUCCGACGUAUGCAAAGGUGGGCUGCUUCAUCUGUGCAAGAUAUCACCACUUCGCGUGCCAAUUCGACCUGGCGAACCAAUCCUGGGCCCCUCGAUACUCUUUCCUCAGUGCCGAGUAGGUCCCGUGUUCACCAAUCCAUGGAUUUAUCCUUCCUGUCCAAUAUCACACCCAAACCUCCGACACGUUUAGCUCGUCGGCGGACUUCACGAGGAUCCCAGCGUCAGAUUGAACGGCUACGGGAAUCGCGCCCCAUGGUAGAAGUGAGUUACUGGUCCGAUGCUAACUCGACCCCGGACUCUUCAUCGUCUUCCCGCACUAUGUCCCCGUACCGACAGCCGCCGAAGACGAAACUCGACAAGUGCGUGUACAAUUAUGGUGAUGGUGCCCGCCUGCUUGCCCGCGUCCGCUCCCUGGACUUAUCCGCGUGUCACACCGAAGAGGCUACCGCAUCUGAACAAGAAUCAAACCUCCAGCUGCUGAGUCACAUCAUCCUCAAGUUGAACGAGCUUCACGAACUUGUGACCAAACAGCGUAUUAUGUGGAAAUUAUCGACCAGCAACGAAGCUAAUUAACAUUUCGCAGGACACGAGGUGUAUGCUCCUUGCCCUCUUCACCUUGCACGCGUUUCUACUUGAGUGUCCGCCUGUGAUCAAUCAUUUCGUUUACCUGGCCUUUACCACCCCAUUUACAUGUAAACAAGCUAUUUUCUUAUUGUUUUUCUUGAAUUGUUUACUUUUUUACUUUUGCAUUAUCUUUGAGUAACUUAUUGACUGAUCAAGAUAACCUGGAUUCUCACGCUGUGUUGUUACAAAUCUUCCAUGAGGUUCAUCCUGGAUGCGCUCGUUCAUAUUACAUGAAGGUGAUGAGUUUCCCCAUCUCCCCCGGUUACACCUUCCGUGCAACCA